UUUGGCCUCAGCUGCAUCAGAGCGCCACUUCUCCCCAGGUUCACCAGAGGAAACACCACUGCACAAAAUGCUUUUCCUCCCAGCUGCUGCUCUGUGCUGUCUGUGUUCAGCACUGGUUACCAUGGCAGCACAGAUGAUUCAGGAGGAUUUAACAUUGACCAGGAGAGUUGGAGAAAGUGUCUCCUUCAGCUGUGGAGAUGAUGAAUGUGACUAUACUGGUUUGAUCUGGUACCAGAAGAAAGAUACUGAACCAUUUAGGCUAGUUCUUGUCGUGGAUACUGAUGAUGGUAGAGUUGAGUCAAGUUCUAAUCAUUCCCAGAAAAAUGAUUUUUCAGUUGAGAUUAAACAGAACAGAUACCAGUUGAAGAUAGUUAAACUUGAGCAUUCGGCCACUUAUUACUGUGCCUGUUGGAAGGACGCACCCCACAGCUAUGAUUACGACAUCUUCGGCUCUGGAACUAAACUGUAUGUAACAGAUGAGCAGGUAGUGAAGCCCGUGGUGAGCGUGUACCCAGCAGCAUCCAGAGCCCACCUGGAGGGGAACAGCUCCCUGCUGUGUGUGGCCUCAGCCAUGUUUCCUCCUCUGGUCCAGUUCUCCUGGAAAAGACAGAAGAAGAACGGCGGAGAAGCGGAGGAGCUGCCCCCUGCUGAGGGAGAGCAGCUGGAGCUCAGAGAGGCGGGACGCAGCGCCUCCAUUUUAGUGGUUAAUCGGGAUGAUCCCUUCACAUACAUAUACAGCUGUCAUGUGAGACAUCAGGGGGGCACAGUGGAGGCCCAAACACAACAAGAGCUCCUCUCUUAUGUUCUCCAGUCUCAGUGCAGGGUGAAGCUGCUCUGCCUGCUGUACACAGUGCUGAUAGUGAAGAGUCUGGUGUACUGCUGUGGACUCUCUCUGCUGAUGAUGCUCACAAACAAGGGAGCGUCCACCAACUGCACACAUGCUGACUGCUUUCUGAUUGGCAUCUUUCACACUCAGAUUUCCCCACAUGAGCAGGCAGACAUAUAAAUUAAGUUGUGGCUGGUAAAAUCCAUCCAUCUUCUUCCUCCUAUUCGGGGCCGAGUCGCAGAGGCAGCAGCUUAAGCAGAGAAGCCCAGACCUCCCUCUCUCCAGUCACCUCCUCCAGCUUGUCCGGAGGAGCACCAAGGCGUUCCCAGGCCAGCCGAAAGAGAUAAUCUCUCCAACGUAUCCUGGGUCUGUCCCAGGACCACCUCCCGCUGGGACAUGCCUGGUGGUUUGGAGAAAUGUUUAUCAUUUAUACCCUUCUUAAAUAUAACCAC